GACACGUCUAUGGUUUGUCAAGAACAAUUCAAGAGUAGUGUGAUGCAGAAGUUUGAGCAUCUGUAUGAGGGAACAGCGAUGCAGGGAAGCUCAACACUGCUGAAUGAGAUCUACACAGAGCUCUACAUCACAGAGAGUGAGAGUGGAGAGAUCAAUAAUGAACACGAGGUGAGACAGAUUGAGACACAAUCCAGGAGAGCAGUAACAGAGGACAAAGCCAUCAAAUGCACUGACAUCUUUAGAGCUUUACCUGGAAAAGAUAAAGCCAUCAGAACUGUGCUGACAAAGGGAGUCGCUGGCAUUGGAAAAACAGUCUCUGUGCAGAAGUUCAUCCUGGACUGGGCUGAAGGGAAAGAGAAUCAGGACGUCCAGCUCAUAUUCCCACUUCCUUUCAGAGAAAUCAACUUGAUGAAGGACAAAAAAUUCAGUCUUUUAGGUCUUCUUAAUCUUUUUUUCCCUGAAACAAAACAAAGUGAAAUAUUUAGAGAAGAAUAUAAAGUGCUGUUCAUCUUUGAUGGUCUGGAUGAGUGUCGUCUGUUUUUGAACUUUAAGAGCGAAGUGAAACUGUGUAAUAUAUCUGAAACAGCCUCGGUGGACGUGCUGUUGAUGAACCUCAUUGUUGGGAAUCUGCUUCCCUCUGCUCUCAUCUGGAUCACCUCCAGACCAGCAGCAGCUGAUCUUGUCCCCUUUGAGUGUGUCCAUCGAGUGACAGAGGUACGAGGCUUCAAUGAUCCACAGAAGGAGGAAUACUUUAGGAAGAAGAUCACUAAAAAGAGACUGGGUAAAAAAAUCAUCACACACCUGAAGUCAUCCAGGAGCCUCUUCAUCAUGUGCCACAUCCCAGUCUUCUGCUGGAUCGCAGCCACUGUUCUGGAAAAGAUAUUGAGUCAAGCAGAGAGUGGAGAGAUUCCCAAGACUCUCACUCAAAUAUACACGCACUUCCUGAUCCUUCAGACCAACAUCAAACAUGAAAAGGACUAUAAAAAGAAGGUGACAGAUGAAGACAUGAUCCUCAAACUGGGGAAAUUGGCUUUUCGGCAGCUUGUGAAAGGGAACCUGAUCUUCUAUGAUGAAGACCUGAGAGAGUGUGGCAUUGCUGUGACAGAAGCAUCAGUGUACUCAGGAUUGUGCACUCAGAUCUUCAGAGAGGAGUUGGGCUUGUAUCAGGGGAAAGUCUUCUGCUUUGUUCAUCUGAGCCUUCAGGAACAUCUAUCAGCUCUAUAUGUGCACCUCUCCUUUACAAUCAAGGGCAGAAAUGUGGUUGACCAACCUAAACGAAGUCUGUUGUCUAAGCUUUUUAACCAGAAGAAAUGUAAUUCACUAUCUCAGCUGCAUCAGAGAGCUGUUGAUGAAGCUUUACAGAGUAAAAAUGGACAUCUGGAUCUUUUCCUGCGUUUUCUUCUGGGUCUCUCAGUAGAGUCCAAUCAGACUCUCUUACGGACACUUCUGACACAGACAGGAAUCUGCUCCUUCAACAAAGAGGAAACAGUUCAGAACAUCAAACAGAAGAUCAGGGAGAAGUGCUCUCCAGAGAAAUCCAUCAAUCUGUUUCACUGUCUGAAUGAACUGGGUGAUGAUUCACUAAUGCAGGAGAUCCAAGAUUAUCUGAAAUCUGGAAAAAUAAAACAAACCAACCUCUCAUCUUCACAGUGGUCAGCUCUGGUUUAUGUGUUGCUGACAUCAGAGCAGAAGAUGGAUGUGUUUGAUCUAAAACAGUUUAUUGGAACACAACAUACAGCAGAUGAAGUUCUUCAGAAUCUGUUACCUGUGGUUAAAGAAUCCAGAUCAGUUCAGCUAUGUGGAUGUAAUCUCACUCCUCACUCCUGUGAAAGUUUGUCUUCAGCUGUACAAUCCUCAAAGUCCAUCCUGAGAGAGCUGAACCUGAGUAACAAUGACCUGAAAGAUUCUGGAGUGAAUUUUCUUUCUAAUGGACUAAAGAGUACAAACUGUCAGCUGGAGAUACUGAGGCUAUGUGGAUGUUAUAUCACUGCUCAGUCCUGUGGAAGUUUGUCUUCAGCUCUACAAUCAUCAAACUCUGUCCUGAGAGAGCUGGACUUGAGUAACAAUGACCUGAAAGAUUCCGGAGUGAAGCUUCUUUCUGACGGACUAAAGAGUUCAAACUGUCAGCUGGAGAUUCUAAGACUGUCUGGCUGUAUGGUGACAGAAGAAGGCUGUGGUUAUGUGUCUUCAGCUCUGAGUUCAAACCCCUCACACCUCAGAGUACUGGAUCUGAGCUACAAUCACCCAGGAGAUUCAGGAGUCAAGCUUCUCUUUGAAAAACUGGAGGACUCAAACUGCUCAUUGGACAAACUCUAUGUGGAUCAUAGAGGAGAAUCCAGGAUUAAAGCAGGACUAAAGAAAUAUGACUGUUUUCUCACACUGGAUCCAAACACAGCAAACACUCAUCUCAUUCUGUCUGAGGAAAACAGAGAGGUGACACAUGUAAGAGAGAAACAGUCAUAUCCUGAUCAUCCAGACAGAUUUGAUGAUGUGCGUCAGGUGUUGUGUAGAAAGAGUUUGUGUGGACGCUGUUACUGGGAGAUUGAGUGGAGUGGAGAUGUGGAUAUAUCAGUGUCAUAUAAAAGCAUCAACAGGAAGGGAGCGGGUGAUGAGUGUGUGUUUGGAAAUAAUUAUCACUCCUGGAGUUUGAUCUGCUCUCCCUCCAGUUACUCAUUCAGACACAAUAACAUAGAGACUAAUCUCCAUGUGAAGUCCAUCAUCAGGAGAAUAGGAUUGUUUGUGGAUCACAGUGCAGGAUCUCUGUCCUUCUACAGCGUCUCUGACACAAUGAGCCUCAUCCACACAGUCCAGACCACAUUCACUCAGCCGCUCUAUCCUGGGUUUAGGGUUUAUUAUGAAUCAUCCGUGAAACUGUGUUGA